CCGCCCCCGCCCACGAUAAGUCAGGGUGGCGGUGGACUGCCCUUGUGAGCAGACGGGCCUGUUUAGCUGAGAGCAGAUUUCUGCACAUUCGAGACUGAGACCGAGGCCACGUCAUGGCUCUGCUCAGAGGUGUGUUCAUCGUUGCUGCUAAGCGAACACCUUUUGGAGCUUAUGGAGGUCUUCUGAAGGACUUUACAGCUACUGACUUGUCUGAAUUUGCUGCAAAGGCUGCCUUGUCUGCUGGCAAUGUCUCACCUGAAACUGUUGACAGUGUCAUUGUAGGCAAUGUUUUGCAGAGUUCUUCAGAUGCUCCCUUCUUGGCAAGGCAUGUUGGUUUGCGUGUGGGAGUCCGAACAGAGACCCCAGCUCUCACUGUUAAUAGGCUCUGUGGCUCUGGUUUCCAGUCCAUUUUGAAUGGAUGUCAGGAGAUUUGUGUUAAAGAUGCUGAAGUUGUCUUGUGUGGAGGAACCGAAAGCAUGAGCCAAGUCCCCCACUGUGUCAGAAAUGUGCGUUUUGGAACCAAGUUUGGAUUAGAUAUCAAGCUGGAAGAUUAUUUGUGGGAAUCAUUAAUGGAUACGCAUGUCCAAAUGCCCAUGGCAAUUACUGCAGAAAAUCUUGCUGUGAAACAUAAAAUAAGCAGAGAAGAAUGUGACAAAUAUGCCCUACAGUCACAACAGAGGUGGAAAGCUGCUAAUGAUGCUGGCUACUUUAAUGAUGAGAUGGUGCCAAUUGAGGUGAAGACAAAGAAAGGAAAACAGUCAAUGCAAGUAGAUGAGCAUGCUCGGCCCCAGACGACCCUGGAGCAGUUAAAUAAACUUCCUCCGGUAUUCAAGAAGGAAGGAACUGUCACUGCAGGGAAUGCGUCGGGGGUAUCUGAUGGUGCUGGAGCGGUUAUCAUAGCUAGUGAAGAUGCUGUUAAAAAACAUAACUUCACACCACUGGCAAGAGUUGUGGGCUAUUUUGUGUCUGGAUGUGAUCCCACUAUCAUGGGUAUUGGUCCUGUCUUUGCUAUCACUGAGGCACUGAAGAAAACAGGACUGAGUCUUAAGGACAUGGAUUUGGUGGAGGUGAAUGAAGCUUUUGCUCCCCAGUACUUGGCAGUUGAGAAAAGUUUGGAUCUUGACCGAAGUAAAACCAAUGUGAAUGGAGGAGCCAUUGCUUUGGGUCACCCGUUGGGAGGAUCUGGAUCAAGAAUUACUGUACACCUGGUUCAUGAAUUAAGGUUUGAGCCACUGCUUGCUUUCUUAGGCGUCGAGGUGGAAAAUAUGCUGUUGGAUCAGCUUGCAUUGGAGGUGGCCAAGGUAUUGCAGUCAUUCUUCAGAACACAGCCUAAGAAGAACCAGGAGUCUGCUACGGCCUACUCUCUCACCACCUGACCCAGCCACAGUACAACAAGUGUCCUUCAGAGCAGCUGUGGAAACUGGCCAUGCCCUGCCACUGCCAACAGUGAUCAAGUCUGACCAAAGGGUGAGGCAAAGAUGUGUUUAUCAUGAUUAAGAGCCCACUUGUCUUAACUCAGUCUGUAACACCAAGUCAGAAAUAAGUUCUCUCCAAUUAGCCCCAGUCAAAUAUGACAUAUUUCUGAACUAAAAUCCAACUGUAGGCCUUAAAAGAAAUAAAAUCAUCAAAUAAUCACCACUUAUGCCUUAGAUUGCAAGGAAAUCAAAUAAAUGUUGCCUUAACUUCAG